AUGGCAGCUAAAUUCCAGACGAGAUCAGUGAGCUUGCCCACCAGAUCUCACCCUACAACCAUCAAAAUCCACGAGGAGCUCACCAGACUGAGAGCUUCCGACCCAUCAUCGGCUUCUUCUAGUUCCGCCAUCUGCAACAGUUUAUCAACUCUAAGAGACGUCUACGACAGCCUGGACGAGCUUCUCGCCAUGGCAUCAACUCGAGAAGCUCUGUCUCGCUGCCGAUGCGUGGCAGAGGAGGAGCUCUUCUUAAAUGGAUCCGUCAAGCUUAUGGACACUUGCGAGAUCGCCAAGGAUGUGAUCGCGAGGUUAAGAGAAAGCGUGGCAGCCCUUCAAUCUGCGAUCCGCAGGAGAAGGAAAGGGGACUCCAGUUUGGAAUCCUCUGUUUCUGACUACAUUCGGUUGCGGGGGAAGACGAGGAAAGACGCCAGGAAAUUGAUUGCCCAGUUGAAGCAGCAGAUGGGCAAUCACAAUCUAAAACUUAGGGCGGCCGAUCACGACGAUGAUGAACUCUUUGGCGAAGUCGUUAGGGUUCUCAGAGAAGUUUAUGCGGCCAGCAGCUGUGUAUUGCAAGCGUUGUUGAGCUUUGUUAUGACGCCGGUUUGUGGCAGGGCAAAACAGAGCAAGUGGGGGAUUGCAUCCAAGCUGAUGAGAAGGCAUAAGGUGGCGGCCGUUGGGUGCGAGGUGAACGAGAUUCAAGCUGCGGAUGUUGCUUUGGUCGGGGAUGAUCCGAAGAAGGAAUUUGGUAACAAGGAGUUGGAAUCGGUGGAGUGCUGUUUUAAAGAGAUUGAGGGUGGUGUGGAGGGUGUUUUCAGGAGAUUGAUCAAAUCGAGAGCUUCUCUGCUCAACAUACUGUCUCAGUGA